UCGGUUUCUUGCUUUUCUCACUGACACUCCUUGCCUCGUUUCACUGCGUCAAUUCACACACUCUUUGUAGACAUCUUUCUUGCUUCGAUUCCUUUGAGCGUUGCUGCUUUUCCUCCCGUGACACCCUUACGGCAUCGCGUCACUGUCGCUUUCGAUACUCAAUCCCGAGUCUUUCUUUGAAGAAAGUCGCCUUUGUUUUGGCCCCGACUACUUCCACGACGUGUACCCGUGCACUCGCUCAGCCACAGAUACACAUACCUGGACUUCUUCACAACGACCGAAACGUACCUUGUGCGACUUUCGACCACAUUCGUCCUACAGGUCACCGGAUUGACGCCUGCCUGUCCGGCUACCUACACUUAAGACCUCUCUGCUUUGCAUUUACGAUUGCCUACUGUUGAUCACCUCUUGACCACAAUGGCCGGCCGCUUUUGGCAGUCCAUUGUCCUCUUCGCCGCUCUGGCACCAGCGGCCUUCGCUACUACAACAUGCGGUGACGGAAGUCAGUGCCCAGAAAGCACUCCAUGUUGUUCUCAAUACGGCGAAUGUGGUGUUGGCGCUUAUUGUCUUGGAGGAUGUGAUCCUGUCAACUCCUUCAGUCUUGACGCAUGUGUACCCGCACCAGUCUGCGAAUCUAAAAGCUUUACUUUUGACAACCUAGAUGGCAUGGUGGAAAACACAAAAUACCUUGGAGAUGCGAGCACGGCUGACUGGGUCUAUUCCGGCACACCCUUGCCCCACAAUGGCUCUGUCUUACUCACCAUGGCCGAAGACACAGUAGGAACGUUACUGGCCAGCACACAUUACAUCUGGUACGGAAAGGUCACCGGCAAGUUCUCCACGUCUGCUGGUGCCGGCGUGGUGACUGCCUUCAUUUUGCUCGGCGACUCCAAGGACGAAAUCGAUUUCGAAUUUGUGGGUGUCGAGUUGUCGAUUGCCCAGACCAACUUCUAUUCUCAAGGUGUGACAGAUUACGACAACGGAGAAAACGCUACUGGCCUUGCCGACGUUCACGCAAAUGUGCACACCUACGAAAUCGACUGGAGCUACGACAACAUUACUUGGUCGGUGGACGGCAACGUAGUACGUACGCUCAACCGUGAAGAUACCUGGAAUGCUACCGCAAAUCGCUAUUUUUACCCUCAAACACCUAGCCGACUGCAGCUGUCACUCUGGCCUGGUGGUUUGUCGACCAACGGUCAGGGAACCAUCGACUGGGCCGGUGGUCUUGUGACGUGGGACUCGCCAUACAUGACCAACGGAUACUACUAUGCCACCUUUGAUGAGGUUUCUAUCCAGUGCUACGACCCACCCUCGGGCGCUCAAGAAAAUGGCACAAAGUCGUAUAUCUACACCGAUAAGGCCAUGACGAACAACACCGUUGAGAUCACGAGCGACAAUACCGUUCUCAAGUCGUUCCUGGGAACUGGUCUUAAUAUGUCUGCUUCCAGUGCUUCUGCUAGUGCCAGUGGCUCAGCAGCAACCAGCAAUGUUGCUACCGUCCCCGGUCUCACUGGUUCUGGGUCUGGCGCGAGUGGUGACCGUGGUGAUAACUCCAGCAGCAGCGUCGAUUCUUCAAGCACUGCGACUGCAACUGGUAGUGCUUCGACCGGGUUUGUUCAAGGCGACGGUGGCUCUUCAAGCGGUGCAGACCAGUUCGGCGGUAACAGCGAGUCCCUUCUAAGAGGAAGCCUGUUCGCCGUCGUUGUGGCUAUGGUUGGUCUUUGCGUUUUGUGAUCUGGUACAUGAUCUGUUUCGGUCUGGCGCGCAAGGUCAAUGAUCGUGCUGCCAUGAUGAUUUAAUACCCUUUUCACGCUUUUAUUUAAUGCAUGGCGAGGUCAUCUGGGUCUGUUUUCGUCGAGCAUGGAGGUAUUGAGGAAGCCUACUAUGAUAUCCAUAGAUUUGACAGAAAACAAAUCUACAAGAAAUGUGUACAAGCGGAUAUGAGUGGCACAAUCUAUGCAGACCUGACUGACUGGCUAAUGGCUAUUCCGCGGUAGAUUAUGAAGUCAUCUUGACUUUUGAAUAAGAGCAUCAUGACAUUUUC